AUGCUUCUGUUGGAGGGGGCUGUCAUGCUGACUCCAUCUGCCUUCCUGAAGGAGAUGUCUCUUACCACCCAGCAGAGGCUGGCCAGCACCUGGGAGAUGAGGCGGCCCCAGAUUACCCAGCUUCUGGACAUGGGUGAAGCCUCCCAUCACAAGUUCUCAGCAGUUGACCUGGACCAGAGCUUGUUUCAGCCUUUUCCUUCAGAGGUGGUAUUUCAGAACUACAUCCCCUUUGAGGUCUACAAAGUGCCACUGAUUCUGAGGAACACUGACAAGGUUCCUCGGCUGGUGAAGGUUGUCUUGGAGCCGUCACCUUACUUCAAGUUGACCGUCCCUGGUGGUGCGUGCUGUAAAGUAGCACCUGGCAUGUGCUCAACUUUCCACAUCCUGUUCACCCCGGAGGAGAACAAGGAUUAUUUCCACCAGCUCACCUGCAUCACAGAAAGGGAAAAGUUUAUCGUACCAAUCCGAGCUGUAGGUGCCCGAGCUAUCCUGGACUUCCCUGACCAGCUGAACUUCUCUGUCUGUCCAGUCAAGUACAGCUCCCAGAAAACUCUGCUGGUUCGCAACGUGGGUAACCGGGAGGCUCGCUACUGCAUCAGCACUGAGAGUCCCUUCUCUGUGGAUCCCUCCACUGGGACUCUUGGGAUUGGUGAUGCCGUGCAAGUGACAGUGGAGUUUCACCCGCUGAAGACCGGGGAUCAUUCCGGUUCCCUGGUAGUUCACUAUGACACAGGUGAAGAUAUUCAUACAAGCCUUUAUGGAGCAGCUGUAGAUGUCAACAUCGGGCUGGCCAGGAGCUCCCUGACAGUUGAGAAGACUUACCUCACACUGUCAAACCACAGAUCUGUAGUGAUUCACAAUCGGAGUGAAAUCAAAGUCCACUUCCAGUGGAAGGCUUUUUCUACUCAGGAAGAGGAGGAUCGUCAGAAGCUGAGGCUUCAGAGGCAGAAAGAGGGCAAGAUGGAUCGUUGUCUGAGGGAGUGCAAGGUGGACUCUGCUCUGCGAGAAUGCCAUCCCCUUCUCUCCCGCCCCUUCCAGAACCAGUGGGCAAAGGCGCAAGGAGACUCCAUACUUUUGUCUGAUGAUGUGUUCACCCUUGAGCCGCUGGAGGGAGAUAUCUGGCCAAAUUCUUCAACUGAAGUUAAUGUGAUCUUUAGACCCCGAGAAGCCAGAGUCUAUCAACAAACGGUCUACUGCGACAUCUCAGGUCCUUAUGGGCCCUUGGGAGAACUGAACUCCCCCACUGGCUCCUUGGAAGAGGACCUCAAGGAGGUCAUUGUGGUCCUGUUUAACAAAGGAGCCAUCAAUGCUGUCUUCAACUUGGUCCCUCCAGCUACAGCUCUGGGCUCCUGCUUCACCUUCCUCCCCCAGGAGGGCAUCAUUUUGCCAGAGGGGCUCCAAGUCAUCCGGAUCUCCUUCAGUUCCACCAUCCUGGGGGAGUUCACAGAAGAAUUCAGGUUCAGCGUGACUGGAUCCCCUGAGCCUGUGACCUUGACGAUCAGGGGCUGUGUCAUUGGACCGACUUUUCAUUUCGACGUCCCUGCCCUCCACUUUGGUGAUGUCUCCUUCGGCUUUCCUCACACCUUGUCGUGUCGCCUCACUAAUACCUCCUUGGUGCCCCUGACCUUCAACCUUCGCAUUCCUGGGGACGGCCUGGGAGAGCCCAGUGUCAGCAGUUUUGCUCAUAUGACAGACAACACUCACCUAGUCCGGAGAAAGGGAGCCCAGCGUCACCUCAGGCCAAGAGAAUUCACCAUAAAGCCCUGCAGAGGGACCAUCCGCCCCCUGGGAUUCCUGGAUAUCCAGGUCACCCUGUGUUCCAACACUCUGCGGAGCUACAAGCUGGUUCUGGUGGUGGACGUGUGCGGUGUUGGCAGGGCAGUGUCGGCACUGCUCCUCACAGCCAGAUGCAUGGUUCCUGCACUGCGAGUGCUCAAUCCCGUUGUGAUGUUCGGACGGUGCUUCCUAAAAUUCCCUUACCAGCAGAUGCUGACCCUUGUGAAUGACAGCGAUCUUCCAGGCUGCUACAGGGUUCUUCCUCAGGAACACAAGGAGGACGCUUCUGUGUGGUACUCCAGCCCCGUGCCGUGGGGGAUUGUCCAGCCUCGCAGCUCAGUGGAGGUCCCGUUGACACUGGAGGCCCAGGUGACGGGAGAGCAGGACACUGUUGCUCAUGUUGCAGUGUUUGGGAAUGAAGGAUCCCCUUUGAAAAUCCAUCUAGUGAGCACUGGAGAAGGACCAGUUGUCUAUGCGUAUCCAAGCAAAAUAAAUUUUGGCAGUAUCCAAGUUCUGCAAGAUGCCUCCCGAACUCUCCACCUCUCCAAUCAGAGUGUCAUACCUGCAUCCUUCAGGGCAACGAUGGCUCGCGAAUCCUCAUGCUGGAGGAUUGAACCCAGUGAAGGAGUGAUUCCCCCUGAGACAGAGGUGUCUGUGGCUGUCAUAGCAAGCUUGGAUGACACGAAGAAAUUCAAGGACGAGGUGAACCUGUUCAUAGAGAACAGCCACACCUACGUUAUCCCCAUCCGGGCUGUUGGCAUUGGCACCACGAUUGUUGCCGACAAACCCUUUGCUCCGGAGCUCAACUUGGGACCACACUUCAGCCUGGAUCCCUGCUGUUACCGCUUCAAGAUAACAAACAAAGGACGGCGCACCCAUUGGCUCUACUGGUCAACAGCAGGUUCUGGCUCGUUUCGCCAGCGUCAUCGUGUCCCUGCUGUCAGCACCAGCAAGGGCCAAGGUUCCUCCCAGAGCCCCAGACCUGCCCGCCCUGUGUUUAAGGUUCAACCACUGAGCGUGGAGCUGAUGCCGGGCAAGACUACGGAGAUGGUGCUGGAAGGCUUCUCCAGCACUCCUCAGGUGGUGAAGGAGCGGCUGCUGUGCCACGCCGUCGUGGGGAGGAAGGCAGAGAAGGCUCCGAUAAUGGAAGUGGAUGUCACCUGUGAGUUCAUUGCUCCCAUCCUGCAAAUGUCCUCCAGAGAAAUCACUUUCCGGGUGGAGAAGCAACCCAGUGAUGUCCUAACUCUGCAGCACCAGCCUCUUUCUUUAAGAAACACCUCCGCCCUGCCACUCAGCAUCAUCCUGGCCUUAGAGCAGCCCUUCUUAAUCUGUGACGCGGAGCGGCAGCCCCUCUCUGCAGACGCUCAGCCCAUGAAGCUGGAGAUAGGGGAGGAACUUCAUCUCUCCAUCAGAUUUAACCCUGCUUAUGAAGAGGAUUUGUGUAGCCGGGUAGUGGAGAAGGUUCUCAAGAUACAGUUUCUUGAGCAUCCUCAUGAGGAGCAGGUCACCAUUCGGGGGGAAGUCUACUUCCCAAAUCUCCAUAUCCAGCCCACAGCCCUGGACUUUGGCUGCCUCUUGAACGACACCGAAGGUGUGCGUUACAUCGAGAUGACCAACUGCAGCCCGCUUCGUGUCCAGUACAACUGGUCGUUCCUGAUGGACAGCCGCGUGAGACAGAUGAGGUUCAGCCCUCCAGUACCUAAAUAUUUCACCAAACCACAACCACCAAAGGAGAAGGGAGCCUGGUCGGAGCGCUCAGUGUCUGCAGGGAGCAGCUGCAGGGAUGGAAGUGUGGAGGAGCCAGCUGAAGCCCUGGGAGCCGCAGGGGAUCCUGCCCAGGAGCCAGCAGAAGCAGAUGACUCCCUGGAAGCAAAGGUGCUGACAUCCCCUGCUGAGGAGCUGGAAGGGGCUAUGGAGACACAGAGCCUGGUGGGGAUCAACAAACAGAUGCAGUUUGUGGAGGCAGAGCCCGUCAGCUUGGGAAUGGAGGAGGUUUUCGAUGUCCUGCCGCUCUACGGUGUGCUGCAGCCAGGUGAGAGCCAGCGGGUCAUGUUCACCUUCUUUGGCCACACAAAUAUCAUCGCCCACGUCACAGCACUGUGCAGGGUGGAGGGAGGCCCGACCUACGAGAUUGCACUGAGCGGGGAGGCUUCACUCAUCAACUACCUCCUAGACAUCACGGAGAUCGACUGCGGGCUGCAGCUGUUUAACAAAGUCAUCGAAGCAGAGGUCACCCUGCAGAACAGAGGGAAGAUGGGCUUCACCUAUGUGGUGCUAAGUCCCAGCAUGGGGACCGCAGACAGCCCCCUGCCCGGCGUGCCCCUGGUCCUGCCCAGCACGGGUUAUGUUGUACCUGGCAAGGAGCAAGUCCUGAAAGUCUACUACCUGCCAGGAGUGCCUGGAGCCUUCCACAGGACUUUCCAGAUCCAAGUGGGUCACCUGGAGCCCGAAGAAAUCUCCCUGAAAGGAGAGGGGAGCUUUCCCAGCAUCUAUUUGGACCUGCCCAGGAACAUCAAAGGAAAUGAAAAAUAUGAGAAGGUCCUCAAGAAGGUGAUAGAAAAGAUGGAAGAAAAUGGCCAGAGAGAGGAAGCAGCAGUUCUGGGGGCGGCUGUGGCCACGGAGCCACCCCCAGAUCCCUUGGACGCCAUGCUGGACCCUGGGCUGCAGAUGCAGAUGGAGCAGCUGCUGAUAGAAGAACAUGCCCUGGAGCAGCAGAAAGCCUUCACCUCUGGUCCCCCAGAGGCCACUGCCUUUGACCAGCGCGCUCGUCAGAGGCUUCUCAAAGCGGAGCUGCCCGAGUACCUCCUGGACUUUGGGUAUGUGAUUCUUGGUAACACCCCCACGCACAUCGUGAGGAUCACCGUCACUGGGCAGUUCCCUGUGUCCUUCCAUGCUGACAGACGGGUCCUGCGUGACACAGGUUUCAGUGUGGAGCUGGACCACGUGAAGCACCUGCCCUGCCGCGAGAGCAAGACAUUUGAAGUGCGCUUCGACCCACAGAGUGCCAACCUGCCGCUGGGAGAGGUGGUCGUGCUCCUGCCCAUCAAGGUAGCAGGAGGCCCCACGUUCCAUGUCCGCCUCCGUGCCAGCGUGGCCAUGCCAGCCCUCUGCGUCUCCAGGGACAGGCUGGAGUUCUCCACUCUCCAGUGUGGCCAGUGCCAGGAAGAAACCAUCCAGCUCCACAAUCAGCUCCAGGUCCCCUGUAACUGGCUCAUCACUAUAAAUGAGCCUGUUAAGAAGGUGGACAAGCAUUGGCCAGCGGGGGUGCGUCAGAAGGUGCCCCAGAAGUUGAAAGCCCAGCCACGUGUCUUCGAGGCGCUGCCCUCGGCUGGAACCCUCGCUCCGGGACAGCGAUGCAACGUGCGAGUGAGGUUUUCACCCACAGAAGAGAAGUCCUACAGAAGCAAGCUGAAGAUUAAUGUUUGCCAGAGCAGCCAGAACCUCCAGCUGCAUGUUUCAGGGCGUGGGCUGGAGCCACAGCUGGAGUUCAGCCCCCCAGUGCUUGAGCUGGGACCAUUGCUGCCGUACAGCCGUGGAGCAGAGGGGACGGUGGUGGUGAAGAACCCAUGCAAGUUCCCCAUCGAGUUUUACUCUCUGGAGUUCGACCAGCAGUACCUUGCUGAGGAGCAGAUCCUGCAGAUGCUUAAAGAUUAUGACUGCCAUAACACCUUAUUGCUGCCUCCACGUGCCCCGGGUGAGAAGCUGCCCCCAGAGCUGCUGGAGUACUAUCAGGACCAGAAGAGGCUGCAGGAUGAGGAGUCCAAGACUGGGGAACCAGCAGGCCAGGACAACGCAGAGCAUGGGCAGAGCGUCACCAGCAGCAAUGUGGCCGCAGGGGAAGUGGCCGACAGUCCUGUCCAUAGGGCCAUCGCACGCCACCUUGGCAUCGAUAUCUCUGCAGAGGGGCGUGCGGCCCAAGACCGCAGAGGGAUAGUCGUCAUCAUCCAUGGGGCACCCCUGACAGGAAAGACGGCGGCAGCGGUUGCCCUGUCCAAAUACUACGGCGCUGCCUGCUUGUCCAUCGACACCGUGGUGACAGAAGCCAUCUCAGACAGGAGCAGCUUGGCAGGGCUGCGUGCCCGGGAGCUGUGCAUCGGAGAUGUCACCGAGCAGAGCUGCAAGGAGGCAGAGGGUGCCGGUCACAAUGCAGAUGAGUCCCUCAGCAAGCAGUUCCACACCAAGGCCAAGCGCAGCCUAGACACGAGCCGGUACAGCUCUGUGGACAAAGUCAGCCUGCAGUCCAUCAGCUCCCAAAGCCAGGGCUCAUCAAGUUCUCACCUCUCUCCCCUUCCCUGCGUUCCUGAGCAGCAAUCGCUGAGCAUCGGUGGCAGCACAUCAGGAGAGCUGGGCUUUAGGAGCUGCGUGCUGCCCGAGGACCUGCUGGUGGCCAUCCUCUCUGACAGGCUGCAGCUGAGCGACUGCUACCAGGGAGUGGUGUUUGAUGGCCUGGAGACACUUUUUGCACGCAACAUGGCGUCUGCUCUCCUCUGCCUGCUCAAAGCUGUCAGAAAUCGGCCUUACAUCUAUUUUGUGAACCUGUUCCAGGAUUAUGCUUCUUGGAAAGCCAGGGAGAUGGCUGCAAAAGAGCAGGAAGGACGGGAGCAGGAAGAAGCUGCCAGGAGGGAAAAAGCACGCCUCUGGGAGAUGAACGAGGACGAGUAUGAUGCCCUCACCGAGGAGGAGAAAAUUCACUUUGAUAACAGUAUACUGCAAGUCCAGCGUGAGAGGAAGAAAAGGGAGAUGGAGCAGCUGGCUCGAGAGCUUGAGGAAAAGCUAGAACGCUUGAGGGAGGAAGAAGAGCUGAAGAAGUCAUCUCAGUGGGCCAAGAGAAAGCUUGGGAAAGACAAAGAUAAUGCGGCAAGGAAGAAAAGCCAGCCUGGAGUCGGGCAGAAUACAAACGCAUCCACCAGCAACAGCAGCGCAUCCAUCGGCAACCUGUCCGAUGUCACCAAGGGGGGAGAGAAGACGGAAUCUGCAAAGGAGCACCUGGACUCUCUUGCAAGUGACAAGGAAGACAAGAAAAAGCAGAGCAAGGCUCCCCUGACAGAUGUCUGCCCAGCGGAGGUUGUACAACCGGUGGACCCAGAAGAGGGGGAAACCAAAACCGAGGUGCAGAGUGACAGUGAGAACUUGGCCCUGAGGUUUAAGAUCUACGAGGAUUGGCAGAAGGAUGUCACACAUAUUUUGUCAACCUGGGACAGGGCUCGGGGUUUCCUGCUGUCCCCUCUGAACCAGGAAGUGGUGCAGCACCACGUACAAGGUCAGCACCAUCGCAGGAGCCAAAAGAACAGAGAGAAGAAGCGCCAGGAGAGGCUGGAGAAGGAGUGUCUGGAAAAACUGAAUGCUCCGGAGGACUCCAAGUUACCUGGGCUGGAAGGGGAAGGUGCAGAAGGGUCAGCCAGAGGCCAGGACAUUGGGGUGCCCUGCUUGGACAUCCAGGUGCUGAGCCCUGCAGAUGUGACGAGGGCGAUCCUGGAGAGUGGCAAGCUGCCAGCAGCAGAGCAGGUCCUGGAUGACCUGGGACUGGGUCCCUCGGGGCCUCCCAUUCCACCUACGGCUUUCUACUCUGUGAUCCGCUACCCAGAGAAGCGGAUGGUCCCUGCAGCAGGAGAAGCCCUCGAGCACUUCGCCUUUGUUGUGCCCGAAGGUGCCACUGCAGAAGAAGAAAAGAAGGACACCAGAAGUCUCUUGGAUGUGCCUGCAGUGAAGGUGUCAGAGGAGCAGGUCACGCCAAGCAGGGGCCAGUCGGGGAAGGAGAAAGCCGCGGGCAGGCCGGAGGCUGUGAGGAGGAAGCGGAGCUCCAGCCGGGCAAGGUCUCCAGCCAGGAGAGGUCUCCAGGUGCCGGGCACGGGAGCACCCACACAGCCCCCCGGGGCGCACCAAAGCGACAUGGACACGGUCCCAUCCCCGGGGAGAUCCGUCAGGCUGAGCAGCUGCCGGUGGAUAGUGCCUGCCCACGGCGAGGUGGAACUGAAGGUCCAAUUCAGCUCCACCGUGCCGGGGCAGUUUGAUCAGAUGCUGCAUUUUGAGGUUCUGGGGACAAACCGAAUGUACCAGGUGCACUGCAGGGGUACCUGCCUGUAUCCUACUAUCAGCCAGGACCACGGUAAGGCUGGAGCAUGGGAGCCUCCCACACUGCUCCUCCCUGAACUCAGAGCCAGGGCUGCCCCUUGUGCCCCAGUGACCUUCUGGCUCAGGCAGAGCAUGCUGCCUGAGCCGCCCAGUGUCUCCUCCCAUGCUUGGAGCUGGGAACCAGUACUGGUACUAUGGGAGACCUGGGCUAGUCUGAGGGAUCAGAAUGUAAGUUUGAUACUGACUUUUGGCAGAUAAGCAUGUACCCUUAAGAGGCUUGAAAGUCCCGAGAA